AUGACUAUCACAUUCAUCCCCGGUGAAGUCAACAAAAGCUCAUGCUCGGCAGUACAAUCCAACUGGAAGAACCAUCAUAUUAUUGCUUAUGGAUCAGGUAACAAUUUAAUCAUCACUACCGCUACAAUCCCACCAACCAAUAAACGACCCAAUCCAUACAAUAUCGACAAGGACUUGCAAACGAUAUAUCUUGAGAAAGAUCCCGUAGCCAUUGAUAUCAAUCACAAGAAUGGUGUGAUUGCCGUUGCAUACGAUGAUAAACUCGUCAUUUAUAAACCCAUGAAUGAGUACAUGGCCAUACCGAAAUGGACAUUGGCAAUUGAAUUUACCGUUGACACAGAGGUAACCUGUCUUGAAUGGGCCUGCGAAGAGGAUGAGUUGGUAAUUGGUGGCAAGGAAAGCCUAUACUUGUACCAUGUAGCCGAGCAAUACGGCGAGUUCAAACUUUUACAACGAUGGAGUUCACCGCAGCCUGGUGCUGUGUCACAUAUAUGUAUCAGUCCCAAUGCUAAACUUGUAAUGACUACAAGUGGGCCAUAUGACCGACUAGUCAAAGUAUGGACGAGAAUGAACUAUGGUGAUGAAAAUACUCAAUUUGAAGUGUCGUAUCUUGUGCACCCACCCGGUACGUAUGUUGUUGAUUUCCAUUGGCGGAGGAAAUCGAGUAGGAAAAACGAAAAAGUACUAGACGGGUCAUUGGCUCAUAUUCGAAAGAUGAGGGGGCAUGUCAAUCUCAAUAACAAUGAGAGUGAAGUGAUUUAUACGUGGACUUCGGAUUAUCAAUUUAAAGCGUGGGCUUCUUAUGAAUCAAAUGGACAUAACCAUAUAAGCAAUUGGGCAAACUUGGACUUGACUAAUUGCUUUGAAAAUGACGAUGGCAUCAGGGCUAUACUCAUUAUUGAAAACAUAUACCUUCAAAAUAGCUUGAUUCCAAUUUUGAAGAGCACCCCGUCCAAGCUAUUUGAUGGGCUCAACUUGAACGAAUUGGAUCUAUUGUAUGUGAUUUCAAAUUCAGGGACAGCAAAAAUCUAUGCUGUGACAAAUAUAACGCAAACACCACCAACAAAUAUCAAGUUUGUCCCCAUUGGUGAAAAAUUGGAUUUUGAAUUUGGUAGGAAUGAGUUUCCUCAUUUAAAUGUACGAUGUGAACAUGACUUAUCAGUGGCGUACAUUGAAUCAAAAGAGUUUGUUACAACGCAUUUGAAACCAGUAUUGAUCAAGAGCUUGUCACGAUUGAAUAAUGACGAACGAGUAAAGUACCUUUCUUUUUUGCUUCAUGAUCGAGUGAAAAAUACCCUACGGUUUGAAGUUGUUGAUUUUAACAAGCUCUUGAAACUGGACAACUUGGGAAUCACAUUGUUGAACAAGUACCAAGGACAUAUCAAAUCAAUUAGAAAAUUGGUGCGUUCCAACUCACUCUACUCCUCCAAGAAUGUUGUCUUGUCUAUUUCCAAUUUUGCUGAGCAUAAUUAUAUAUGGGAGCCAAUGAUUAUUGAACAAAAUGGAUUAAACAUCAUGUCAAUCACCAAACGGUUCCGCUUGGAAUUAUCGGGUGAGGAAGGGAACGGUAUAGUGGAUGCGGCAAUAAUCAAUGAUAUUGAACCACCCGUCGGUUACAAGCGACGCCAUGUGGUUAUAGUGGUUGAAAAAUUGGGCAAAUUGAGUCUUUGGGAUUGCAAUGGAUCAGUAAAUGAUGACCAACCAGCAACUAAAAUCGAUGUUGUCGAUUGUGAUUUGGGUCGACUGCCUCGCACAUUUGUAUUGACUGAGUAUCCGGGAGCUCCUCAAAACAAGAAACGAUAUUGCAUCAUUGCUGUAUUUGAGCUGGAUUCGAUCAAGGCGUGGAAUUUAGUGCUCACGUACCAAGAUGACAAGAUUGAUGCUAUUGAGCUAGAAAGUCAACUGAUUGCUCAUUUACCUCAAGAUGAAGAAAUUCAUCAAAUUACCCGGGUUGAUGCGUUUUUAAAUGAUAACAACAAAAGCUUAAUUGCCGUGAUUGAUAAGCAAGGGUUGUUGCGCAGUUAUACUGUGGAUUAUACAAAGGACCAGCUUGAAUGGGUUAUUACCUGCAGCAUCCCCACCAAUGUCAAGAAUGCCGCCAAGAUCAAUGGGUCUACGGUGAUUAACAAGUUUGCUGUUGUUGAUGAAUCGAAACGAUGUUUAUCGAUUUGGGAUACUACUCAAGGUGUAUUGGAAUAUGAAGAGAGUUUUCCCUUGGAGAAUGGGCCAGUUACUGAUUUGGACUGGACGUUUAUUAAUGCUACAAGUAAUGAAAAUUCAACCACCUCAAAUGCCAUCUUGUCGGUUGGAUUUGGUCGAUUUGUGUUGCUAUACACUCAAUUACGAUAUGACUAUACAAAUAAAAUCCCCACAUAUGCCACGAUCAAAAAAAUCGAUGUGUCUGAUUACACGUCACACGCAAUUGGUGAUCUGAUUUGGCUUGAUAAGGGGUAUUUGGUGAUUGGAUGUGGUAAUCAAUUUUUCAUUGAUGAUCGAUGGAUUAAGUUGGGGUCAAGCACCAUUGAUUCAACAAUACGGCAAUUGAUGAGUGGGUAUGUGGACAAACCACAGGAGGAAACUCGGGAUAAGGAGAAUAUUGUAUACGAUAUUUCUCAAUUGGUUCGUGUCUUGAAUGGACCAUUGCCCAUUUAUCAUCCGCAAUUUUUGAUCCAAGCGUUAUUUAUGAGUCAAAUUAUCCCGGUGCAAAAUAUCCUUGUAAAAUUGUUUCAAGCUUUACGACACGGUCAAGCUAUUGAAUGGGAUUUAGGCAUUGAUUUCGCUCAAGAGAUGGAAAAACAUCUUGAGCCAACAACGAAUGGCAGCAGCAAGAUUAAGCCUUUACAACGACGCAUGUCGCAGACUUUCAACUUGGAUGUGUUUACUAAAUUCACUGAUGAAUUGGCUGAUUUGUUACUGGACAAAUUAAUGAAGGUUUCAUUACCAUUGAUGACGCGACAUCAACAAAGUACAUUGUUAUCGGUUGUUGCUAUUGUUAAAGAAUUGAAUAAAUAUUCAGUGACAUUGGAUGAUAAUGGAAUACGAUUCAUGAUUGGGUUUAAAUUGUUUCAAUUGGCAACUAAACAAAAACGUCUUUCAAUGAGAGACAUCAAUUGGGCUUUACAUUCAGAUAAUAAAGAAGUAUUGUUGAACUCGGUUGAGGUGUUUUAUAAAAAUCGAUUGACUUGGGAGAAUGUUAAACAAACCGGAUUAGCUUACUGGGUCAAGACUGAACGAUUGAUAAAAUUGAUUGAAUCAGUGGCUAGAAAUGAGUUUGGUGAGUCUCGUGAUCCAGCGGGGUUAGUAUCUUUGCUAUAUUUGGCUUUACGCAAAAAGCAAAUCUUGAUUGGAUUAUGGCGAAUUGUUAAUCACGAAGAAAAAACCAAAAUGUUGAAAUUUAUGAAUAAUGAUUUCACCAAUCCGAGAUGGAAAUCAGCUGCAUUGAAAAACGCAUUUGUUCUUCUUGGCAAACAUCGAUAUAUGGAUGCAGCAUAUUUCUUUUUGUUGGCAGAUAAACCCUAUGAUUGUUGUAAUACAUUGGCGACAAAAGUUGAGGAUAUUUCAUUAGCCAUAGCUGUGGCUAAAGUCUAUUUUGGAGUACAAAAUAUCGGUAAAGAAUCGAAUGAAGUUUUGGUACAAGUGAUGGAGAAAUUUGUCUUGCCUCAUGCCAUUACCAAUGGUGAUCGAUGGAGUACAAGUUGGGUGUUUUGGCAAAUGAAUGAUAAACAAAUGUCGAUCCAAUCAUUGAUUAAAUCUCCCAUGCAAAUGAUUGAACAAAGUGGUCGUGGGAAAUUCGCCCAGUUUUUGCAAGAUGUUGCUGUUUCAUCAAAGGGGCAAAGUUUUCUUCGUGAUGACCCGGUACUUGUUUUGUUGUUUAAUGAUUUGCGGCAUCGUAAAGUGGAUUAUUUAAAAGGGUCAUUGAAUAUUUCCCCACAGCAGGAGUUUGAUUUUGUUGUACGUGUGGCGAUGAUUUACUCGAGAAUGGGAUGUGAGUAUCUCGCUUUGUUACUUUUGAGAAAUUGGACAUUUGUACAAGGACAAGGGCAAUUGGCACUGGGUGGUGAGAUCGAUGGUGACAAGGUUGGAAAUGGAUACGUUCAUCAAAAAGAGAAUGGCGAUGCGCAAGCACCAAAUUUGCUUGACUCCUUUACUGAGUCACAACCCACUCCAUCCUCCCCACCACAAGCGCAACCAACGUCGCCUCGACCAUCAUUCAAAAACAAGGCUCUGCCACCGGCACAAGCUUUUGAAGAGCCCGAUAUGAGUUCAUUCGAUUUCGGGUUCUAG